GGCGGCCGCGCGCCCCGCCCCGCCGCCGCGGUCAGCUGAUGGGCCGCCCCCGCCAGGCCGCCGCCGCAGCCGCCGCCGCAGCGCGAACAUGGCGGCCGAGAUCCACUCCCGGCCGCAGAGCAGCCGCCCGGUGCUGCUGAGCAAGAUCGAGGGCCACCAGGACGCCGUCACCGCCGCGCUGCUCAUCCCCAAGGAGGACGGCGUGAUCACGGCCAGCGAGGACAGAACCAUCCGAGUAUGGCUGAAGAGGGACAGCGGCCAGUACUGGCCCAGCAUUUACCACACAUUGGCCUCUCCUUGCUCGGCUAUGACUUACCAUCAUGAAAGCAGGCGGAUAUUUGUGGGACAGGAUAACGGAUCCGUCAUGGAAUUUCAUGUUUCUGAAGAUUUUAAUAAAAUGAACUUUAUCAGGACUUAUGCAGCUCAUCAGAACCGGGUGUCUUCACUUAUCUUCAGCGUGGCCAUCGAGUGGGUGAUCAGUACCGGCCACGACAAGUGUGCCUGCUGGAUGUGCACCCGGACCGGGGACAUACUCGGGACGCACCUCUUCCCCUCCUGGGCUUCGUGUUUGCAAUUCGAUUUUGAUACCCAGUAUGCUUUUGUUGGCGAUUUCUCUGGAAAUAUCACCCUGCUGAAGCUGGAAAGGGCUGCCUGCUCCCUUAUCACAACCCUCAAAGGACAUGAAGGUGGUGUCACCUGCCUCUGGUGGGAUCCCAUCCAGCGGUUACUUUUCUCUGGAGCCUCUGACAACAGCAUCAUCAUGUGGGACAUCGGAGGAAGGAAGGGCCGCACGAUCCUGCUCCAGGGCCACCAUGACCGGGUGCAGUCGCUGUGUUACCUUCAGCUCACGAGGCAGCUUGUCUCCUGUUCCUCCGAUGGUGGGAUUGCUGUGUGGAACAUGGAUGUUAACAGAGAAGAGGCUCCUCAGUGGUUAGAAAGUGAUUCAUGCCAGAAAUGUGAGCAGCCCUUUUUCUGGAACAUCAAGCAGAUGUGGGACACAAAGACACUGGGGUUGAGGCAGAAAGAAAGAGAGAGGGAUAGAGAGCUAGAAACAUCGAUGAGAGAGAACGAUCCAUCAGCUGCCCCUUGCACACCCCCCACUGGGGAUGUGCCCACAACCAAGCACCACUGCAGGAAGUGUGGGCAGGCCGUCUGCGGGAAAUGCAGCAGCAAGCGCUCAACCUACCCCGUCAUGGGCUUUGAGUUCCAGGUCCGCAUGUGUGACUCCUGCUACGACUCCAUCAAGGAUGAGGAUCGGACUUCUCUAGCAACCUUUCAUGAAGGAAAACAUAACAUCUCCCACAUGUCCAUGGAUGUUGCCAGGGGACUGAUGGUGACCUGUGGGACCGAUCGCGUUGUAAAGAUAUGGGACAUGACACCCGUGGUGGGCUGCAGCCUGGCGACCGGCUUCUCUCCACACUGACCUGGGUCUGCACCUUCCCAGCGGCAGCCUGUACGGGCACCACCCUUCCCUGUGGUGCCACGGUCACUGACACGUGGACGGACAGUAGCUUCUUAAACACAAAUCACUUUUCAAAGGAAAAACAAUGUAAACAUGUGUUUUGGGACAUUUGUGUACCUAUCUGUGGUUCCCAAGGAAUGCAAUCCCUCCAGCCAAACUUCCUCACGAACAGUGAGCUGAUGUGGACAAGAUUAGUAGCAAAUAGCGUUUUAGAGAAAAAAAUAUUGAACUAAAGAGUUGAUGCCUAGAACUUUCUUACAACAGCUGCAAGUACACACACACACACACACACACACACACACACACACACACACUCACACUCACACUCCCCUCCACCUGCUGGGCCUCCGGGCCCUGUGGCUGCUGUGGGAGCAGGAGUGGGGCAGAGAGGGCCCUCUCUUGAGGGGACACAGGAGGAGCUUAAGAUCCCAGAGACUCCUCAUGUGCUGGCAUUUAGUUAUUGACAAGCUCAUUAGAGACAUCUGUUCUCUUCAGUGCCAUCUGCACCUAGUAUUUGGCUUACUUCACUUGUUCUGCGGGACAAUAGGCCACGGGUAAACCUCAGGGUGGUUGUGAUGGUUGUGAGUGGCUUGUGAAAUUCCUCUAUUAACCAUGGCAGUCCCAGUUCUUCCCUCCCCUCACACAUGCUCUGAGGACAAAAUGUUUUUGUGUUGCCAUUACCAUGGGAAUCACACAACCGCAGGACUAUUUGUCACUGCAGUUAGUAACGACUGCAGGAAAACACACCCACCAGCCUGCAUGCGGUGGGAAUGAUCAUUCUGUUGCAUGGAACAGCCCAGUCCUCCUAACAGACACUUUCUAUUUCUGGUUCAAGGUGAGCCCCGUGAUAUUGUGGCAAUUAAUACACACCUCAAACAAGAACUCCCGAAACUUUUAAAACAAUGUUGACUUGUAGUCAUUGUAACUUACGUUAAAUAUUCCAUACAAGGAAGCUGGGAACCCAGAGCAGUAGUUGUUAACCAGGUCCUUUGCAGCAGUUCCCACCUUGUAAAUUGCUUUCACAACAACUUGCAAAAUCUGUUGUAUCAAAUGGUGUUUGAAAGGGUUUUGGCCACUUAGUACCAGAAGGGGGAAGAGGUGAGAGAAGGAGCACCUACUUUUAAUAUUCAGAUAUUUAUUGUUAGUUUUUAGCAAUAACACAUGUAUCUAUUACUUUACCGCUAUGGAAGUGAAUGGAGAGAGUCCUACAUUUUUUAGGGAUAAAUUUAAAAAUAGCACAAUAUUUUUGUUAGUCUGACUGAUGGAUAUUGAUAAAGGCUCAUUACUGUGUUACUCUGUUGGGUUCUUAUGAAGACCACGUGUUAUUCUACAUGAUACAAGUAAGGGACGCAGCUAAGAGGAACUAUAACAUUUGACAGGCAGUUAAAUUGAAAUGUCAAAUGGCGAAGGGACACAAAUGCUACAGGAAAGGGAUGGGGUCAGGCACAUCCUGUUUUAGAAUGAUCUGCAAUGAAAGUUGACUUGGCUUCAGAAAUAAGCCUGAAGGAUGUGUUCCUCCUUGUAAUUUUUGUAUUAUAUCACCUUAAAAAGAUGUUUACUCUAAAACUUUCCCUAGGCUUUCUGCAAAAUGUACAUUAUUAAUAUAACCUGGAAGGAAAAUCUAGUGAUGCUAACUCCUAAAUGGCAUCAUUGACUGUUGACUUGUGUUCAGUUAGGGUUCAGCCCCACAAAGGUGCUAUCCAGGGGAUUUUAUCAAGUCCUAAAAGGAAAGUAGAACAUGAUCAAUUCUUUUCCACAAUGAAGAGCGCUGAACUAUGGUUCUGUUUUUCUUUAUUCUGUAAAAUGUGACUUUAAAUGUCUAUGGUAGACUGAGUAGAACAUCACAGCUGCUGAGAAUAUGCCAUAGCUUUCAAACUUCUUAUUUUAUAAAACAUUUUUAAUAAAGAACCCCAAUGCUCCAUGGAGACUAAGGUUGUUAUAGUGCCUCCUAGGGGUUAAGCUAAUAAUAUAAAUCGAAGAGGAAAUGCAUAUUUAAGCAAGGAUAAGAGUGUGGUAUCAGAAAGGGAAGGAGAUGUUUCUGUAUUGUUUUCUCUCCACCUGAGCCUGUUACCUUUUUUCUGUCUGAAAAUACACAUGAUAGCCUUGUCUUGUCUCUGUCACAAACUAGCAAAUGAAGGCAUAUUUUCUAUAGAGGUGGGCAAAAAUUUUCUCAAUUUUACUGGCGGGGUACAUCAGAAUAGUACAGCUAGGCUUAUAGUUAUUGCCUUACUUUGACUGUGUUCAUCUUAAACGGAUUACUUAAGAUAGUUCUUCAAGUAACGUUGACUGGUUUUUCCAUUCCUGGAUACUCACGCUCAUUUAUACAAACAGGGGUUAAGAAGUACAGAAUGUUAGAGAAGAUCCUUAUGCUUAGCCCUAGAAUUAGAGGACAUGAAAAUGCCAAUUCUUCAUUUUAAACAUGUUUUUAAAUUGCCCUGUAUUAGUGCAGGUGAUCGAAUAUCCCUAUAGCAAUAGGUGGAAACAUUAUUUCAUUUCAUUGUAAAUCUCUGUUUGCCAUGUUCUAGUCCUGUCCUGCUCCUAACAAACAUAUUGCUCUAAAAGGUGUCACUUUGUCCUCUCUGUACAGAAUUCAGUUUGUUCCUGUCCACAUUUUUAAGUUAAAACUGGCCCAAGGUAUGUAAUAAACUUAAUAGUGGUUCACACCCAAGGAGCUAAUUUCUAAGAUCAGUUUUUAAAAAAUUAGUUUCUACUUCCAUUACUGGAUUUGGUGUCCCUUAAAAUGUAAGAAACCAGUUACUAUUAAUGACAAACCAUCUCCUCAUUGUACAUGUGAGGCCUAACAAAUAAGUAAGCAUGCUAUAUUUAUUCAUUGUGAGCAGAUUACUGAAUGCUUACUCUAUUUCUGCAGUUUAUUAUACAGUAACUCUUUGAGUAAGUUGAAAUUUAAUUGUGUGACAAAUUUACAUUAGAAUAUCCCAUUUAAAGUGUUUUUCUCUAUAGCCUUUUUGACUGGGGAGGCAGGGCAAUGUUGAUUAGUACAUUUUGUCCCCGUACCAGCUAUGUUUCUAUAAGAUAUGGUGCCCUACGGAUCCCAGAGAGCUAGAAAACUUUGUCCUUUGCUCCUAUUUGUGGGUUCUGUUUUUGUGGUUUUUUUGAGAAAAUGUGUACAAUAAAAUAUUCCUUGC